GCUGGGAGGCGGCCGGGGGAGCUGAUCUGCGCUCGCCAGCCACUAGCAAUUGCGGUUACAGACCUGCAGCUCCCCUCCCCUCUCCCUCCCCCUCCCCACCCAGGCCCGCCCGCCCGCGCGCCUUUCUGUCUCCUCUCUCCCUCCGUACUGGCCGGCCCGGGUCCAUUUCCGGGCUCCGGGUAUUUGGUAUCGAUCGGGCCGGGGGCGCGAGAGCAGGUGGCUGCGGAGGGGCAGCUGGGCGGCCAGCCUGGUGCGCCGGGGCGGGCCUCCCGCCGCCUUUGUCGCCCGUCCCCUCCCGGAGGCCAGCUCUGUCUUCCGGGCCCGCAAGCGCUGCGGGCUGGACUUUGCGCCGCGUCGGGCGCUGCAGCCGCUGCCGCUGUUGAGAGCCGGUCCACGCUCGGUGUAGGCGGCGGCCGGGAAGUGGGAGGCCUUGGGCAGCUCGGACACCGGGCCAACAUGUCUGAAGUCAGCAUCGACCAGUCCAAGCUGCCUGGAGUCAAGGAAGUGUGCCGAGAUUUUGCUGUCCUGGAGGACCACACCCUGGCCCACAGCCUGCAGGAACAAGAAAUUGAGCAUCACUUGGCAUCGAAUGUUCAGCGGAACCGUUUGGUCCAGCAUGAUCUCCAGGUGGCCAAGCAGCUUCAGGAAGAAGAUUUGAAAGCUCAGGCUCAGCUGCAGAAGCGCUACAAAGACCUUGAACAACAAGACUGUGAGAUUGCUCAAGAGAUCCAGGAGAAGCUGACUAUCGAGGCAGAGAGACGACGCAUUCAGGAGAAGAAGGACGAGGACAUAGCUCGACUCUUGCAAGAAAAGGAGUUACAGGAAGAGAAAAAGCGAAAGAAACACUUUCCGGAGGCCUCUGGAGCCAAUGCUUAUGGUGACAGUUACUAUUACGAAGAUGGAGACCACCCACGGUCAAGGAGGGCAAGGGAGUUGGGUUCUGGAUUCUCAAGGUCUUGUAGACUCCAAAGCGAGGAGAAGACUGUGAAGCAGAGGAAGGAGAAAUGCAAACGUCCUCAGGAGAACUUGGAAGAACUGGAAGAGCAGUGUCCAUCAGAGAAACCUCUGUCGUCAUCUAGCUUGGGUAAAGUGAGAGACGAUCCCCCGAUGAACACUGAGCAGCCUGAAAGGAAACAGCCUGGUCCUGAGAAGCUCCAGAGACCUCCUCUUCCCAGGAUCAGUGGUGAGGUGUUUCUGAGCACCGAAUCGGAUGACUGGGAGGCUCACCAUAGCCAUCGAACUCGGAGUGGGGAGAAACAUGCACGGCACCAAGACCGACUUUCUCCCAAGUCCUCACAGAAAGCAGGGCUUCCCUGCAAGGAAGCUGUAUAUGGGAGGGACCAUGGGCAAGGGGUGCACAGAGAAAGGAAACACAGGCCAAGGACUCGGCCCUUCUCAGAGAGUGAGGAGCGGUUCCAGCUCCAUGACCCAGGAGUGAAACCCAGAGUAAUGAAAGACACUGUCUCUACUCCCUCACGAGUGACCCACAGGGAUCAGGAAUGGUCCGAUGCUGAAAUUGCCAGAAAACUGCAAGAAGAAGAAAUUUUGGCUAUCCAGGUGGACAUGAGAGCAGCUCAAGUCGCCCAGGAUGAGGAAAUCGCUAGACUUCUAAUGGCUGAAGAAAAGAAAGCUUACAAGAAAGCCAGGGAGCGGGAGAAAUCAUCUUUGGACAAAAGAAAGCAUGACCCUGAGUGGAAGCCCAAAACCGCUAAAUCAGCACACUCAAAGUCAAAAGAAAGUGAUGAACCUCACCGUUCUAAGAAUGACAGGCCAGCACGGCCACCACCACCUACCAUGACAGAUGCUGAGGAUUUGGAUUACACUCAUUUUACAAACCAGCAUAAUUCCACACGUCAUUUCUCAAAGGCAGAGUCUUCUCAUAAAGGUUUCCAUUAUAAGCCAUGAAAACCUAGGAAUCUGCCUUGAAAACGGACUCACUGUAGCAGAAUUACUGGAUAAUACAAAAUGCAUUCCAUGCUUAUUUUUUUUCCUCCUCUAUUUUGUAUUCCUGGGAUUUUUGGAUCAUAAAUACUUUUCAUUCAUUUGAAACAUUUUGGUUAUUCCUGAUCACUUGGGCAGUACAAGAAAAUCUAGCUUCUGAAUAUUGACCACCUCUACGCUGCAUAUACUUUCUGGGAUAUAGUAUCUCAGAACUCUAUAAAAUGCCAUUUUUGUUAGGUAUGGAGGAUUGCCAUCUAGGGAAUAGACUUUAUUUAGCAGUUGUAAUUUUGUGGAAAUAAUGAUCCAGGUAAAAUGUAAUGUUUGGAUGCAAUGCAGAAUAAAAGCGCAUAAGAAAUAGCUUUAUUGGGUACUUAAGUGCAUGAUAUAUUGAAAGACAGAGUCUUUUGCUCUUUUUACUCUUCAGGAAAAGAAAUCACAGUCAUAAAGUAUUUAAAAGAAAACCUGUAGUUUGAAACAUGUGACUCUGCCUACUAGGACUGUAGAGGUUUUGCGUAUCCUUACACGCCCUCCUGAGAACAUUGGCCUAGAUGUCUUUCUCUAACUCUGCCUCUGCCAUUGCUUCCUCAGUAGCAAGGCUUUCUGAAGCCUCUGGACAUUGGACCAUUUAGUAGUAUUUACUGGCAAAUGAAAAUUAAUUCUAUGAAAUUUCAAUUCAAGUCUAUGCAAAAUCAACUGAAAGUGAAAAAUUUUCUAUCCCUUCUCUUACUUUAUGUUUACAAAGCCAAAGGAAAUGCAAUUGGGAUGAUGUUUAUAUAAAUCACAAGUUGAUUUAUGUAAACCAUCAUUCUCUAUGGCUGUUGAUUGAAAUUUUCCUCUGAUCUGAAAAACAGCAGUAUUUUAGUCGGCAACCUCUCAAAAAUAUUUUGUCUCUGUCAGUAAGCAGAUUUAAUUGGAUAUGAAGUCGAAGUUGAUAAAGAGGUUCUUCAUCCAAAUAUUUGGUUCUGCCCAUUUGUUAAUGACACAUGGGCAUUGGAUUUCUUUGUGUCAGACCUUUAAGUCCCUCCUUAAGAAAUCUGGAAUUUUUUUUCCAGCUCCUAACCUCAUGGAAAUGUUUCUUUCCCCAUACUGGUUAACAUAGGUGUCAGUUGCCACACUGUAUAUAUAAAUACUAUCCUUUCAGGUGGACUUUCUAUUGUUUUUCAUUGUAGGAAUCUCACAGUGUUGGCAUUUUAGUGUGGGGUUGGUUUAGGAAAAAAAUCUGUAGGUGACUUGAGCAAAAGUUGAUAAUCCAUUCUUUUCCCACUGGGAACUGCCUUCUAUUUGCCUUAUCUUUUCCAGAGAGUCUUUAAACUGGGGCCGCGUUCAGGAAGCUCUUUAGGAUAGUUUCUCAGAGUGGAUUUGGGUUUUUCAUUUUGAGAAAGAUCUUUAGUUUUUGGAUGAUAUAAACUUAAGUAAAACGUAGAUAAGAAUUAAGUUUUUUUCAACAGAGAAAUGAAAACCCUUAGGGAUGUAGUCAUUUUGGAGAAAUGGGGAAGAAGAAAACAGGACUUGGAAUGGCCAGGAUGAAAUGAAUGAGGAAAAAUCUUGAUCGAAAUAGGCAAGGCCAGACCAAAUGGAGGUCCUAGCCUUAAAUUCUAGAGGGUGGUUUCAAUAUCCAAAAGUUAGGCAUUGUUGAUUUAUAGUAAUGCUGUAUUUUUCCUUGUCUGCCCUGUGAUUUUGCAUCAUGUUUUUAAAAAGUUUUUUAUGAUAGCUUUAAAGAAAAAUAAAAAAGACAGUGUAUUUUUAUUUGAAAAUCAGACAAAUGGGCAACAUCAUUUGCCAUAUUUUUAUUUUAUAAAUGUUUAUUUUUCUAUCUCAUACAAUGAUUAGUUCUUACAUUUAAAAUUCUGCAUUUCACUUGCCUCCCAUGUACUACUUUAUCCAAUCAUAUUUAUUAUUAUAAAAUGCUAACUGGAUGUAUUUUACUCAAAAAAAUGUCUGGUCACUUACCACAUACCCAGGAUGUUAGUGUUUCAACUGUCUUAGUGAGUGACCGAAGGUGGUAUUUUCCCCCUGACACACAAUUCAGCAUCUGUAUUGAAAAUUUGUUAUUUUGUUUAAGGUUUUUAAAAGAUUAGAAUUUUAAAAUACUUUAAUUUUAUUUUUUUGUAAAGCAAACGCUUUUUAAGAAGUUUCAGAGGAACCCUUUCCCUGUGAAUGAGACAGAAAUCAAACUCAACCAGUUGAAUUCCUCUUCUUCUCAUUCAAAUAAUGUAGUUGUUAUCUUUGAGACUCUAAAAGCAACUAAGAACUGUAUUUUAAGGAACUGCCAAACAUUCUUCACUGUGUGCUGUGCUUUUAACUUUGUCGUUUUUAUAUAAAUACGGAAGCAUUUAUUUUGUUCCUGUUCCUGCCGUAACACACGCAAUUUAAUUUUUAGACCCACAAUGUGUUAUGCGUUGGUGUUGUGAUGUAAACUAAUCCUUCCGGCCUUGGAACAUUUUUCCCUUUCUAUAGCUCUGUUCUCUGGAGGCCAGGCUCCAUUAACGUCAGUGUUGCUGAAUGAGCACAGUAUGUUAUGGAGCCAGUAUGUUAAGGCUACUGGACCUGUACACCCCUUUAUCCCAUCCUAACUUUUUCUAAGUCAUCGCCUGCAAGUAAGGUUAGAUAGGGGUCAGAUUAAAUGUUCUGGAUUGAAAAAAAUAUGACUCUUCUGUCAAACUAUGGUCACAUAUAAUUUUCCUGGGAGACUACGCAGUUGCUACACAUGCUUUAAAAUAACAUUGCAAUUUUUACAAGGUGACUUUUGCAUACCAUUGCAGUACUGUUUCUCAAGUGACUUAACAACAGCCAGUGACAGACUAAUGAACUGCAAAAAAGACUGUAUGCUUUUUGAUCAUAGAGAAGCAUCUAAAUUAGAAAAUACAUGGAUAGAUGCUCCUGGGAGAAAACCUUUGUAGAAUGACAGUGGCCACUUGGAUCUAGAUCAGCCUAUUCCAAAAUGUGUGACCUUAGGCCUUGUUGCCACUGAACUCACUCAACAAAAUGAUGAACCAGACCUAUCUCCCCCUUUUCUUCUCUACUGUGGCCUGCAGCUGAAGUGGAUGAUAGAUAAAUCCUUUGCUUUGUCCAGACCUUCCCUACAGUAUCAGGACUUUUGGUAUAAAAGUAAUUAACUUUUAACAGAUAAGUGUUUUUCUUUAGGAUGUCACAUGUUCUGUGAAUUUUGUCUCGUACCGAAUUACUCUUUGGGAGCACCUGAUAGAAUAAGGUGCAUUCAGUUUGCCCCACAUUAGGCCUUGAUUUUUAAUGAGUGUUGUCUUUGCACAAAAAUCAUGUUGGAGCAUACCAAGAUUAUUCAUUUAUGUAGUGAAAAUUUUCUUGAAAGAUAACUGGUGAUCGGCUGUAAUACCUUUGGCCUAAUAAAGGCGCUUGCAUAAGCUUUCUGAAGGACUGAGAACAAACUAGAAUUUGCACUCAAAGGCUUUUUUCCCUUUCGGGAAAACACUGUAGGUGUUGGGAACAUUAAUACAGAAAAGGAACACUUCAGGUUGCUUUCACUGUUACAUAAUAUACCAUAUUCUGAUUGGCUUUUUAGAAAUAAGCAUAAAAAAAUAAAAACUUACUCUCUGAGCAAAAAGGGGAAAAAAAACAUAUUUUUCAAGUACUUUGUCCAUUGCUUGCUGCUCAGAAUCAGAGGAGUGAUUAGAUAAAAUGACCCCAUUUUUUCUUCCUAUCUGGUGGUGCCUGAGAGUCUUAAAGCCAUAUUGUUUAUCUUACUGUUGAUAGGAUCCUCUUUUCUCCCUGGUCCAUAGUAGGUCACCUGAGCAGGGAGAAGCAGACUGGAGACUGUCAUGCACAGGCCACAGUGUCACCCGAAGUUCUCCUGCAAGAAUCUCUUUUAUCCUUGGUGACGUGUGAGAUUAUUAAAGGGAAGAGUUGAGGCUGUUGUUGCUCCUGCUUGUUGCUCCUGCCACUUAACUCUCAUUGGAAAUGCUCUAACCUAUUUCUAGAGAAGUCACGAAGGAGGGGGUAAAGUAGGAAAUUCUCACCUCUCCAGAGUCACCUUUCUUCUGAGACCUGCACUUUAUGCCAGUAACGUCCGCGAGGAGCAGCGUUGCCUUAAAUUAGUUUGAUUCUGACCAGGGUGCACGUAAUGUAUUUCCUAGUUGUGAAUGACUGUUCACUCUCCUUUGAGAUAUAAAAUUUACAGGUGAGCCCCAAACAUCCUUGUCAUCCGAAGCUUUGGACCGCCUCCCUCUAGGCUGUGGGUGGCGUAGACACCGAUAGGUAUGUCAUUUCAAGUUGCCUCUCAGUGUAUGGAUGAGCAGUAGUGUGACCAGAAAGGGUGGUAGUAGGAGAGGUGGAAUUUCCUGAAUGGAUUCUUCAGAUAGUCACUUCCCAAAUACAAACUGAGGGGAGACUGUCCUCCUCUUCAAGAGGGACUGUCGAAGAUACUUCCGAGGGUUCCAUCAUGUAGUGAAGGCACGUGUUACUGUUUUCUAAGGAUUUCACCAACACUCUUGUGUGCUGAAAUGCAUGCAUUAACAAAAAAAAAAAAGAGAGAGAGAGAGAAAACCAGAGGCACUCACUCUCCGUUGAUGUGAAGAGUGUUUCUAUUUUAUUACUUUUAAGAGAAAAUCUGAAAAUCGUUUACUGUGCUGGGGAAGACACCAGAGUGUUUUUCAGGGUUUGUAUUUGAAGCCACAAACUGACAGAAUCAUCUAAGUAAUCAUGUUGGUUUAUGGGUCGUGUCUAGGCCUAAAAAAAUUCUCUUUGCCCUUAAGUAUUUGUAAACACUGCCUAGAAAAAUGUUUGUAGUAGACUUAAAUGUUUUGUGUAUUCUCGGUAAACUAGAAGUGUGUUUUUCUCUUUUUGAGUAACUUUUCAUAGCAUAGGGAGCCAGCACUCUGCUGUUUUCAUCAUUUCAUCAUCUCUGCUGGACAGAAUAGGUUGUGUAACUUAGUGCCUCAUGAGUCAUUGCUGAGGUUCAUACAGAAAGAAGGGAAUUGUAAGACAGGGUUUGCAUGAUAUUUCAUUCACAAAAGAGCAAGGAUUAAGAACAGUAUGGAGAAGACAGUUAGGAGAAUAGACUAUUACAUGUCAUAUACUUGGGAUACGUGUUCGUUGUACUGAGUUUCAGACCACAGUUGCUAGCAGAGCUUCUAGCUGUUUAGUGAAAUUUUGAUGUCAGAAUUUUUAAAAUUUCUUAUUGAAUUAUUCUCUGAAACCCCCAUAGGCUAUAACCUCAGCUUUUGCCAUAAACUGAAAACCAAAUGCCUUUUCUCAGCUGCAGCUGUAUUUUCCACCUGCCUCUGAAAGGCAGCCCAGUAUUUAAUUCAUGAAGUAUUACGGGAAAAUAGCAUGUAAAAACAAUGUUCCAAAAAAGAGAAUCCCCUGCGAUGUGGUUUUCCUUAAGAAUUCAUCCCAGCACAGUCUUUUAUUCUGAAAGGUGCUGAAUUAUAACAUACAAGAGUUUGCUCAUAUAAAUCAAGUUGCUCAGGAAAUUGGGUGGUGGUGUUCAGGAGGUGGUGCUCUCAUUUGUCUUAUAAUCUGGAAAAGUACUCUCUUGAGAGUGAGAGUGAGACUGCACAGUACCCAGAUGGUUUUGGAUUCUUUGGUAAGAAGUCCUUUGGCAUUUGGAAUGUGGAUGUUUAAAAACCAUGUGAAAUAUUAUCCCCAUCUGUCUGUAGCCAAGCCCCAGAGGGAAAGGCAGCUUUGAAAUGGUUGCUUCAUGGAGCUGAACAGAACCUUAAUGGAAUAGAGUGGCCUGUCUGAGGACAGAAAACCAAGAGGCCACCUCAGACCUCCUGCCUACCUAGAGAUUAAGCAAAACUGUGAGGGACACUAUGGAUGCCUUAAAGGUGACUGAUGUCGGGUCCUGGUGGGUAUGUGUGCACCUUUCUGGACGAGCUGAUGGAAACAGUCUGAUUCAGUUCACCUUCUUGCAGCACAGGUUCCUGCUCGUGACCUCAUCAGGGAAGGUGAGAAACAGGGUGCUGGGGACUCUCUACGUCCUGGGAGGUUGAGGUGGCCGUGUCAUUCUGACUCUCCAGCACUCAAGCCUCCUUUCAGUGCCAGUUACACAUCUACAUUAAUUCAUCUAUGCAAGCUUGUGUUUCAGUGCUUUUUUACACCUUAUGUCCCAUUUGAUUCUUUCAACAUCAGGUUUAACAUUGGUAUUAUGAAUAAUUUUUAAACCAAAGUUUUGUGUCAGUCUUUGUGCUUGUUCUCCUGGAUGGCUUGAGGCAAACACCAAUCUUGUCCUUCUCUCUUAAUAAACUCAUCCAUUUGUUAAAUC